AACUAAGAAUUCAAAAUAUUGUUUAAAUAUCGGCAACGAUUUCCAACUACUUACAAAAAUUUAAUAUUGUGUAAAAAUAUAUAUACUUUUUUUAAUUAUUAUGUAUCGUUGCAUUUAUAUUUGAAAACUUUGAACUCAUAACAUUAAUUUAAUAAAAUAUUUAAUUAUGUCUAAUCAAAAACUGUAUCUGGCCUAUUAUUGAUUAAAUUCAAUAUAAAUAUUAAUAACGAUGUUAUUGUAAUUAGUUUGUAAAACAAACAAGAAUCACAAUCAACUUUCAGAAACUAAAUCUUAUAUUAAGUAUCAAUUGAAUAAAGUACGCCCAGACUCUUGAUGAGACCGUUUUUUAUGUUAAUACAUAUUUUCUUUAUCGUUACAAUUGUCAUGUCAAUCAAGAAUUUUUUUGAGUUAUCGUUAUUGAAUAAAAACAAACUCACCUGCAUGAUUGAAGCUGAUAAAAUGGAUUUAUUGGAAAACAUGAAGAAAUUUGAAGAAAUGUUGAAGGAUACAUCGCAGAUCGACAAUUUUCUGUUGGAAAAACAAAUCAAUACAUGUUUCGAAUUGCAGUGCAAAAUCGAAGAUUAUUCGGAAAAACUCCAAGAAUUAGAGGACGAUUACUCGGAUUCACCAAACACUCUGAUUGAUUUUAUUUCAAACAUUCCUAACGUCGUGAACGAUUUGGGACCCGAAUCAUUGGUUGUGGUUACGUCUGAGAAAGUCGGCAUGCAGUACGUUCAAUUAUUACAUGAUUCAGUAAUGAAGAACGUUAUCAUCACCACGAUCAGAGCGUUGACGGCGGGCGAAGUGGAUGUGACGCUGGGAAACGUGAAGACCGCGCUUCUGGAUGGGUCCGAAGCAGAAUACCGGAAGUUCGUAGGCAGCGAAGCCGUCCGGUUGGUCAUAGCAGACCACGUGCCGGCUGAACGGCUGUUUCGCGUGUGGGGCGACGUUCACCGUGACCAGUGUUUCGCGACGAUUAAAAUGAAUCCUAUUGACGGCGAUGGUAAUGACGCCGAAAACAAGAAUAUAUUAUAAUAUCGUAUAAUAGCACAUAAAAAAACCAUGAUGUUGUGUCGGUCGGUCGGGUGUGGUUGUUGCUGUUACUACUUUACUUUGUCUAUACCUAUAUAAUGUAAUAAUAUAUAAUAAAUAUAUACUUACAGUCAA